AUGAUAUCUCUUGGCCUUCUUGACAAAAACUGGUCCCAUGGUUUAAAUGAAAAAGAAGCUGAAGUUAAACUUAAUCAGAUGCUUUCAAAUGGUCAAGAUUCUAAAUUUAGCCAAGCAGAACCAUUUGCAGAUGAAGAAAUGAAUCAAGAAGUGAGAGACAUGAUAUCUCUUGGCAUUCUUGAUAAAAACUGGGCCCGUGGAUUAAAUGAAAAAGAAGCUGAAGUUAAACUUAAUCAGGUGCUUUCAAAUGGUCAAGAUUCUAAAUUUAGCCAAGCAGAACCAUUUGCAAAUGAAGAAAUGAAUCAAGAAGUGAGAGACAUGGUAUCUCUUGGCCUCCUUGAUAAAAACUGGUCCCAUGGUUUAAAUGAAAAAGAAGCUGAAGUUAAAUUUAACCAGAUACUUAAUAGCCAAAACAGUGCAACACCAACCCCAAAAUAUGUUGAGAAUGAAAAACAAAAGAGAUUAUUUCAAGAUGAGAUCAACCAAGUAAAAAGACUACAUGGAAAUGAAUUUGAUCUGCAAAUUAAAGAAUUAUAUCAUGCAACUAAAGCUCCAAGAAAUCUGAUUUGUUCUCGUGGACUGGAUCAACGACUCAGUACUUUUUGGGUUGUUUGGCCGAGGAAUUUAUUUUUGAAUGAUGAUGUGAGGAAAUGUGAACAGUACCUAUAUAAUGUCAAAGGAAGUGCUAUUUACAAAUGUUCUGUGAUUCUUGGGGAUAUUAAAGAGUACCCCGAUGGAAAAGCAGAUCCUCAACUUAAACAAGAACCUGAAAAAGAAAAUGGAGACUACUAUGAUUCUGUCAAAGGAAAUAUGGAUGGCUUCAAUGAAUACGUAAUAUACGAUAAUCGCAGGUGCCUAAUUAAUUACAGAAUUGUCCUUGAAGGUACUGAAGAUGAAGACAGCGACAAAGAAGAUGAGAUUGCAAAAGAAGAGAAAAAAGAGGAAUUUAUGGAAACUUGGAAACGUCAUAUGAAUUACUUGGUUGACUCAUGCAAACAUGAUGAUGAAGAGGAUGCAGAAGUAGAGAAAGAAAUCCGUAACAUUGAAAAAAUUCGACUUGAGAUUCGCAUGAGACGAGAAAUGAAAACAGAAAAACCACUGAGUAAAUUGUCUUAUGAUUUGCUGCGUGAAGAGAGAAAGAAAUGGAAAUCUUCUAUUUUGAAUGCUGAAAACAAAUCCGAAAUGCCUUCUAAUAAAAAAUCAGAUGAGAAAAAAUUGCCUUCUAACCAAAAAUUGGAGGCAGAGGAAUUCAAUUUAGAUAAUUCCAGAGAGGAGAUAACACGUUAUCCCCAAGUAGCAGAUGAUCCAGAAUUAGCAAAUGAUAUGCAAUCUAACCAUGAUAGUGUUCUGUCAAGAUUUAUUGAAAUCACACACUGUGAUGACAUGGAACUGGCUAAAUGCAUUGUCGAGAAUCAACAUUUUCACUUGGAUAAUGCUGUAAAUGAAUACCGUGCUUUCAUGUCAUAG